AUGUCUUUCAAAGGGGCUCCGGAGCCUAAUAAUGGCUACUGGAAUAGCCACGAACCUCCGAAUACAUACGGCCCUCAAGAAACGCGUUUACCAUACCAGCAAAAUGCACCAACGUCAUAUCCCCCCCCAGUGAACGAAGCUCAACCAUACCACCAAGCUGCUCAGCAUUCGUAUGGCAUGAAAGAAUAUACCUCGAACGAGUACUACUCGCCUUCCACUAUUCAACCCCAGGCCAUACAACCGCAGUUCAUCGCUCCCGCUCAAAUGUUCCAACAACCACCCCCGUCAGCGACGCAUCUGAACCCUUCCUCCCUCAGUCGAACACCUUCUACGCCGUCCUUGAAGACCUCUGACAGUAUGGGGAAUUCACAGAGUGAUAUGCAGCAGCCCGAUAAAGCCAUGCUUCUAUUAGCCCUAGCGGAGGAAUACUUCGAGGCAGCACAUGCUCUUGCUCCCUCCACAGUCUUCUCCAUGACUCCGACCAACGUUGACACAUACGAACAUUUGAUUGCUACCGGACUUGCAUGUUUGGAUACUGCCUUGAAGCGCGUGAAAUUGUCUCCAAGGCUAGAAGCAAAUGUGCGGUUGCGAUAUGCGGGGGUGCUAUAUGAAGAGACGGAGAACACCAUGGAGGCUGAGACUGCACUGAGUAAAGGCAUUGGAUUGUGUGAAAGAAACCAUUAUUUCGAUCUCAAAUAUGCGAUGCAGUACCUACUAACCCAGCUCAUGGCAAAGAAAAAUACAAAGGCAGCAGUGAAAGCGUUGGAUGGACAUAUAUCAGAAGCCGAAGCCUACCAGCAUGUUUCUUGGGUCUAUGCACUUCGAUUUCUGAGAGCCUCUUAUGCUUUGGAAUCAAGCAAUCUAGCAGACAAGCAUCUUGCUAUUCAGAACCUGCAGAAAAUUGCAGAACUUGCGACUAGACAGGGCGAUCGAGCUAUCCAUUUAACAACUUCUGUGAUGGAAGCGAUGGUGCACCUAAAGUCAACGGGUCCAGAAUCAAUAGAGCAAGUCCAAAGAGCCCUCGCCGCAGCACGAACACACCAAUUUGAUGCAGGGAAGAGCAUACCUCAGCUCAUGGGAUUGACUUGCAUUAUUGAUGUGAUGUGUAGCAUUCGACAAGGAAAUCCGCAACAUGUUCUGACCAAGUUGAAAGAGAUGCAAGCGACAUUGGACCAGAUCAUCAAUGACCCAAUCUGGAAUUCCCACAACGAUGUGAUAGCGAUUCCAAUCAACAGAACGCCCAGGAGCUCUCAAACUGUUAGUCAUGAGACCAGAGCGGUAUUGGGUAUUGGUGAAGAUGGCCGAGACAAUCUUAUGAUGACUUUCCUGAACAAGAGAGAUACAUACGCCAUUACGUUAGAUAUGCACCCCUUUCUUGAUAUGCGCGAGCUAACAGCAGUCAAUAGUUAUUUGAUUUGCGGAAUAGUCUUGCUACACAAGAACCCAAUUGAUCAGAAGGGCGUAAAAUACCUUGACACCGGAUUAGAGUUCUUCACAAAGGAUACUAAGACGACCAAGAUUAAAUCUGGUCUUUUACCAGACCUUGUUGAAAAACAAGAAUGGCGGGGAAGUAUUCUGUGUUACUUUCGCCUCUAUCUUGGUUUCUCUGCGGCUGCUCGUGCCGACUGGGAGCAGGUUCGACGAAACAUAGAUGAAUUAAAGUCUACGGCAAAAAGUUUCGAUAUUCCGAUUUCGGGGCCAUUGGAGUGUCUCACAAUGUAUCUUACCGGCGUUUACUACCAAGGCGUGGGAGAUCUUGACGCGGCGUUGCACAUAUAUCAGGACAAAAGGUUCAACCUGCCCACUGCGAAAAAUCCAAAUGCAACGUCGGCGGACCAAGUUGAGCAUGACUUUGCUCUUUUAGCCGCUCUCAACACUCUCUGGAUUCUCCAGGAUCCAAAGCGCCAAAUUGCGGACAAAAGUACAGCUAUGAUUGCAAGACUUGAGCCAAUUUGUUCCAAACAUCCAAAUCGAGAUAUUCAGACAGCAUUCAACUUGGCCAUGGCGACUGUCAAGACAAAUCCUCCAGCGCAGCUAUUUACCAUCAAAAAGUAUCUUGGGGCUGCGCUAGCCGGAGCACAAGCGACGGUCAACACGCAAUUUCUCUGCAUUACUCUCAAUGUCAUGUGCAAUAAGUUUUUCGCCAAUGUGGUAGGCCAGCAGGCAGAGAAGAGUGCGCAGGCUGCUUCGGUUCAAGCACAAAAGAGUGGGAACAUACUCUGGAGGAGUGUGGCCGAUGGAAUGUUAUCUCGGUGUUAUGAGGUCCAAGGGAAGAACGUGGAAGCUCAAUCUUCGUUGGAGAACGCACGGCAGUUCGCGCAGAUGGCAUCUUCACAAAUGGUGAGGCCUAUUGAAUGA